AAGUGGUUCAAAUAGUUGUUGAUGGGACAGAAAUACAGUGGAGACCAGGAAACGUAUUAAAGUGAUUCACACAUAAGAAGCACUCCAGUUAAGGCACGUAAUUGUUGCAACAUAAAAAAAUAUUUCACACUAUGCUCCCGCGUCCUUCAGUCCGUUGCGUAACCUGUCAGAUAUCCUCUGUACCAGGUCACUGUCGAUUCCAAGAAAUCUAAAAAACAUAAAGUCGACAUAUUUGUCUUCGUUACCGAAGCCUAUGGGUCGAAAGGGUGUUCGUAACGCUCGUUAUAAAGUCAAAAACCGGACAAGAGAUAUCGAUCAGAUAUCCACUGACUUGAAAGAGGAAAAUAUUACCAAAAGAAUAUGUGAAGCUACAGAGCCAGAUGAAGAUAGGCCGGGUUUGGGUCAAUUUUUCUGCAUCUGUUGUGAUAAGUAUUUUAUUGAUCAAAUAACUCUUGAUCUACACAAAAAACAGAAGCCUCAUAAACGGAGAUUGAAGUCACUAACUGAACCACCACAUACACAGGAAGAUGCAGAUUAUGCCGCUGGAAUAUUGAACGAUGAUUACAAAGUACCUUCAAAGAAGCAAUGCAUGAAAUCCGAUUUAUGUCAGCAGAGUAUUCCCUCUUUACCUCAUGUUUCCUAUACCUACAUAGAGUGAAGCAAUAACUUCAUAUAACUCCCACUGUAAUGCCAUAUAGUUGUACAGUAUCUUAAUUUUAAUGUGAUCUCUUUUGUACAAAGAUUGCCUUCAUGGAUCACCGUGUUUUAAACACAAAUGGAUAUUUACACAUAGGUAUUAUAUUCUGAUAAGACAUGUUCUGUAAGAGUGUUUGAUUCAAGAUGGUCUUGAAGGCGAGGCUAUUAGCUGUAGCUGAAUGGCUUCAAAAGACAUUUGAUAUAAGUAUUAACAAUAAAUUCUGUUC